AUGUCCCUCGACAACGAUCCUUUCUAUCUGAGAUACUACACAGGACACUCUGGCAAGCACGGGCACGAGUUCCUCGAAUUCGAGUACUCGCAUGGUCGUCUGCGCUACGCCAACAACUCGAACUACCGAAAUGAUAGUUUGAUUCGGAAAGAGAUGUGGGUCGGGCCUCUCGUGGUCAAGGAGCUUAAGCGCAUCGUGGAGGCCAGUGAGAUCACCAAAGAGGACGACACGAACUGGCCAAAGAAGAACAUCGUUGGAAAGCAGGAACUCGAAAUCAAAAUUGGGAACGAUCACAUCGCAUUCGAGACCGCCAAAAUCGGGUCCCUCGUUGACAUCCAAGACAGCGAGGAUCCCGAAGGCCUCCGCAUCUUCUACUACCUCGUCCAAGAUCUGAGAUGCUUGAUCUUCUCCUUGAUUUCUCUCCACUUCAAGAUCAAGCCUAUUUAA